AUGACUGCCGGAUCAAACUCUCAUUCGCAGAGUGUCCUGGACGACCCAGACGACCCAACAGGCAUCGGCGUCAACCAUGCCCACCACAAGCCCGACACCAUCGACGCCGCGCCCUCAUCCCUUCCUUCGGAUCGAGUCCGCAAUGGCAGCAUCUCCAGCAGAUUCACGGGCGUAGAUCCACUGGACUCGUCUCACCCCGCUCCAGGACAUAUAGAUAUACCGGGCUCCUUUCCCGACACCAGCAUCGAGAUGUUUGAUGGCCCAAGCUCGGCUCCACCCACGCCCUCUGUCAUCUCCGUCACGCACCCCUCGCAGUUCAUCCACACACAUCAUCCCCGUCGAGGAUCCAUCACACCCCUGGGACUUAAUGUCAUUUCCCCAGUCGCCCCACAGCUGCAACACGUCGACGGUGCCGUCCACUUUGCAGAGGGCGGGUCGCACUUAGGCUCUUCACCGAUGCGUACCGUUGGUUUCCACGCCGCCGACGGCUCGGCAUACAUGCUCGGCGGGCAACGACGUGACUCAGUUGCCACGACAUCGAGCUCGGCAUCCAAGACCAGCGGGGCAUCAUACCUCACAGCGACGCGGCCAGGCUACUCCUCGGGUGUCUACCGCCGCUCCUCGUUGACUCCCUCAUUACAAAGCCUACCAGCAGGAACCUCUUCUCCGCAGCUAUUGCCAACACAUCGCUCCACACCGUUGGUUGACAGUAGCCGCCGACGAGGCUCCCUCACUCCUUCGGUUCCCACUCUCUCUGCCCCGUCGCCAACACGUGCGCUCGCAGCGGGCAAGCUCGUCGCCAAGUUGUCCGCAGGUGAUCUGCCAAUACACGCACAUACGGCAGACGUCGUCGCGGAACGGCGAGGAAGCGCGGCAGCUCUCCAGGCAGAGAGUAGGCGAGGCAGUCUGCCUCAGCUCUACUAUGGGGCAUGGACCAGUACAGGUGAUCGAAGGGGCAGUGGUGAAAGUGAUCUCGGCCAGGCGACGAUAAGGCGAGGAUUCAAGUUUGGCUCGAUAAACUCGGCCGAGCAGGAGCAGGACGGAGCCGCCGGCUCGCUUCAGCGUAUCGCACAGCUCUCAUGGGCCAAGAAGUCGGAGGCCUCAGCGUUUGAGGAAGCCGAGCAGGCCGAGGCCGAGCGCCAACGGCGGGCCUUUCUCGCCGCAACCUAUGGGGAAGAAGGUCGCCGCGCUCGAGCACGCCUCAGCCUGGGCGGCAACUCUGCGACUACUUCGCCAGCCUCGACGCGCCGCCAGAGCUUGGUACUCUGGGAGCGUAUCAAGAGCAGCACGAGCUCGUCUUCAACCGGGCACGGGACACCAGGUGGACCCUCAACGACAACCAGCGACGACCUAAUCCAGAUAAGACGCCCGAGCCUGCCGGUCAACAUCCCUCGGACACCGCGCGCGGAUCAAGCCGCAUUGUUCGACGAUCAGACCGUGUGGGACAACCCUGAUGACCUUCCAGACGUGGAAGACGUAGGCGCAACCCCUCAACGGCCACUCCCUCCACUCCUCCCUCUUUCCGACCCCGUGCCCCGUCUUCUCCCCUCAACACUGGCCUUGCAUCGCGCAUCUCAUCUUCUUCAUGCUCGCAACCUCGCCUCUGAACCACUGCCUGCGCCACUACCGCCAUCUCUCCACCCUCCACAGCCCGUCGACCUGUCCGAGUUCGACAUCGACUUCAUCCUCGCUGGUUCGCGAUCUCAACUCGGCCGCGAAGGCAGCAAAGGCUCACAACGUCGCAGCAACCAGAGUCGGAGGGGAAGCGUGGAGAGCCUAGGGCAAGGGGCCCGCCCCCCCCUCGAGGAGGAAGACUCGUUUGCCUUGUUUGUGGGUGCUCAUGACGACGAGUAUGGAGGCCGCCGUGGCGAGUGGACGUUCCGCGCUCUCCCUCGACCUGUGCAGCCAGUCGGAAAGAAUCCGACACGGCCAGUACCCCGCGCGGAAUGGGAGUCCUCAGGCGCGGGCCGAUACGAAAUCUACCCGAAUGGCGAUGUCCGGUCCGUUGAGUCUGGGAGUGUCUGGCGCGUCAAGCGCGCCAGUACGAGAGAGUACGAGCUCGAGCAGCCCAUGCCGGGGCUUCUCUCCGCGGUCAACGUCGGCGAGCCUCCAGGGAGCACUCCGCCACCGCUCGUGCUCACUCCGUGCAGCGCUUAUGCUCUCACAUCCAAGACUGCCCACACAGAAAAUGGCGGCGUCAAGCUUCCUAUUCCUGUACAGCGCGAACUAUCCCGGAACAGCCGCUUCUCGCGCCGCUUCGUCGCCGCGAGUCGGAAUCGCCCAAGCGUUGGCGACCUGCUCGAGAGCGAUGAGCGCCGACGCACAAGCAGUCAGGAUUCAGGCGCCACUGCCACCGCACAGGCCCAACCUCUUCACCCCAUCCAGCCACCCCGAGUCCCAGCAAUGCGCCAUCGAAACUCCAACACAUCCAGCGCAUCGAACAAUUCGCCGACCUCGCUUUCCCCUCCCAAGGACGAGAGGGGCCCGAAGGAGAAGAGGACCAUCAAGGGCAGAAAGGACACAGACGAUGAGAAGAAGAAGGACAAGGGCUUCUCGGGCGUGUUCAAGCGCGGGUUGUUCAAAGCAACCAACAUGCUUGAGGAGGGCAAGGAGAGCGGCCGCAAGUUCUGGCCGAAUGGCACCAGCGGUAGCCUCAAGACCACGGCCCCUAUACACCGCAUGCUGCCACACCACAACUCGGACCGGAGCGACUCGGCGUCGGCGUCGUCGCAGCACUCGAGCAAGUACGCGAGCGAGAGCGCGGACGAUGAGCACCCCGACGAGAUGUUCGGGUCGCUGGGUCUUGGCAUCGAGGACGAACAGAACGGUGGUCACCCUUGGAAGGAGGGCAAGGGGUGGGAAUUUGUGCCCGAAGAGGCGCUGGCCAUGGUCGUCCCGGUCAUGUCGGACUGGGCUGCCACUCCUCCUCUUCACUCUCCAGCAGAAACCAAGGCGUUUAUCAACCCGUUUUUCGUCGGCGGCCCGCGCAAAGCGCUGCUUGUGUGGUUUACGCCGUUCAACCCCUCGGGAUCGUCCACUUUCAUCGACAGCCCUAAGAGGCAGGGUUCGUCGACGCUGUUCAAGAUCACCGAGGCGCCUCACCACGAGGGAUGGGAGGGUGGCAGCUCGAUGUCGUCAUCGCUGGCGCGGUUGCCCAAGCUGCUGCGGCCGCGGGGCAACCGCGCCGACCACCAUUCCGGCGGGUUGAAACGCGUCCCAGUGCGGCCGACGACUGCGACGCCGCCGACGGAUGACGAAGUAGACCGGUCACGGUCGUCAUCAAGAGCGUCGCGUAACCUGCAACCGUUGCCGUUCCGCGGAUUCCGCGUGGUGGCUAUGAUCGUCAACACUGAGGAGCUGCGUGCCGAGUCCGCAGUCCCGGUCAUCCCUCUCGAGGCAUGGAACGAGCAGCUGCGCACGGGCAAGCCGGCGGCUGGCAUCCACACACCGCCAAUGGACGGGCGCUUGAAUGAGAUUCCGAGUCGGUCUCCGUCUGUCGUGGACAACCCCUCCCUGGUCAACCCCAACCGCGCUUUCCCGACGGUCAUCGCUGUGUGCCAUAGCCAGACGACUGGCGUCGAGUUUGUGCUCGAGGGUCUUGAUCGGCUCGGCUUGUGCAAGGGUGAGAGCGCAUGGGGUCCGACCGGCUACGAGGAAUGGCGCGGAACCGGACUGAGCGACAGCGGGCGACAGAUGCUCGACUUGAUCUGGGCUGGGUGCGUGGCUGUCAUGGGGGUGUAG